UUAGCGUCUACUACAUUCUUCGUCUGGACUUAACCCGAAUUGUUGGCCAUGGCGGCUUCAGUUAAUGAAAUUCGGCGCGUUCUCAAGAUAUACGAUGACUCUGCCAUUGCCCCGGUCAACCGCGCAAUCACAAUGCUUAGCGAGGUGACCAAGCUUAUCAGUGAGAAGCCUGAGGCGUAUGACCUUACCUCGUAUGAAGCGGAAGCAUGGAAGGAGGCUGGCGGCUAUUCGUACGGGGAUAACUAUCGGUUUCCGUCACUUGUGGGCGCUCGAUGGAUUGACGUGCUCUCCAAGUCAGGGUUGCCGUCAUCUGCCGGCCUCGACAAGGACGAGUGGAGCGCCUUACUUCAGAAGCUCACAGAGUACGAGGCCAAGCUGGGCGAGGCGGAUCUGACAUUGGAGGAGAUGGACCUAAUCACGCACUGGAUCGUCAAGCUCCGGGAACGGGCGCCUGAUCCAGAAGACGACAGCGAUGAUGAUGAUGAUGACGACGACUAAUUGUUCAGAUCCCGGGCAGAGCACUGUAAGAGUGAUGUAAGUUGGUCAUAGAGGGGAGGUGUUUGGGCGAAGUCAGCGUGGUGAUGCAUGUGUAUACGUGUAUCUGGUGUGUGUAUACGUCUGUGUAACGUGAGUGGUGGUGCAAUCUUGUUCUGCAUACCGGCCAAGUUUCGGGUCCUGACCUGGCAAGCGGCGGGUCUGGUACUCAAAAGAGAUGUGUGGGGUUUGUCCGGACUUCAUGUUCGCUUGCUCGUACAAUUUACAUGUUGAUGCGGGAGGGAGAUCUGGUGAAAAUCUGGUGAGGAUCUAGUGGGCAGGUGCACUUCCUUUUGAAAAGCUGCGGAUUGUGGCCUUGAGAAGGGAAGCGGAUCUAGAGCAUUAUGUAGCGGGUAGGGUUGCACUUCCUUUACUGAUGGCUUUGAAGUAUAUGAAUUACGACAUUGCCUAGGUUUAUAUUUUUAUCUUUUCGGAACCGGUUGUUUUCCUAAAGGGCAGCUUUUAGUUUUUUCAUGACUUGAGUGACUUGUGGUAUAUGAGGGGACUAAAACAGUAUACAAAGACCUGCAGCUGCUGGAUAAUUUACUGCUGUGCUGCUAGUGUAACAAUUGCUUGUCG